AUGGCCCAGAAUUCUGCCAUUUUCGUCCUCCUGCAGUUGGUGCUGCCAGAGUACUCCAUCCACGGGCUCUUCUGCAUCAUGUUUUUGUGUGCUCAGGAAUGGCUGACUGUGGGCCUCAACAUCCCUCUGCUCUUCUACAACACAUGGAGGUACUUCCAUUCGCCAACGGACACUAAGGAGCUGCUCUAUGACCCCGCAUCAGUGAUGAAUAGUGACACACUAAAGUUCUGCCUGAAGGAGGCCUGGUGCAAGCUGUCGUUCUUCGUCCUCUCAUUCUUCUACUAUCUCUACUGUGUGUGGAACCUGGAUAUAUCCCUCUAA